UAUAAACUUUCGUACAAGUCUUUUUCCUCCUCAGACUCCCAUAUUUCCAACCCAAACUGCCCUCCGAUAUUUCCAAAACAAAAAGGUCAGAUCCCAGCUCAGCUCAUCGGAGCAAACAGAGGCGCACUGCGCACACACCUCACCCUAAUCCAUCCCUUCCAUUUCUCUUCAAAACCAAAAUCUUCUGAAUCUAAGCUUAGACAAAAAUCAUUCAAAGAAAGAAAAGAAAUGGACUGGCUUGGCUUGGCUUGGCUUGACUGAAUGAAAUAUGCUCGACGCGCCACCAACUAUCCACUUUUACUCCGCCUGUUGCUAGUUUGCGCCAUCGUCUCCUGCCGCUCUCCCUUCGCCCACGAUUGUUACGAUAACCGUAAGAUCGACGAGACCUCCUGUCCCUAUCGCAGAGAAAUCAUGUCCAAAUCUCGCGUUUAUGCUGACGUCAACGUUCUUCGUCCCAAAGAAUACUGGGAUUACGAGUCUCUUACUGUUCAAUGGGGUGAUCAAGAUGAUUAUGAGGUUGUUCGAAAAGUUGGGAGGGGAAAAUACAGUGAGGUUUUCGAGGGCAUAAAUGUCAAUACAAAUGAGCGCUGUAUAAUCAAGAUCCUCAAGCCUGUCAAGAAAAAGAAGAUUAAGAGAGAGAUAAAAAUCCUUCAGAAUCUAUGUGGUGGCCCAAAUAUUGUUAAACUUUUUGAUAUUGUAAGAGAUCAGCACUCGAAAACGCCUAGCUUGGUGUUUGAGUAUGUCAACAGUACAGAUUUCAGAGUUCUUUGCCCUACUUUGACAGACUAUGACAUUCGCUACUAUAUAUAUGAACUUCUCAAGGCAUUAGAUUACUGUCAUUCACAAGGAAUAAUGCACAGAGAUGUCAAGCCUCACAACGUCAUGAUAGAUCAUGAGCUACGGAAACUUCGCUUGAUUGAUUGGGGACUUGCUGAGUUUUACCAUCCUGGCAAAGAGUAUAAUGUUCGCGUGGCUUCUAGGUACUUUAAAGGGCCUGAGCUUCUGGUUGAUUUACAGGACUACGAUUAUUCAUUGGACAUGUGGAGCCUUGGUUGCAUGCUUGCUGGAAUGAUAUUCCGGAAGGAACCAUUCUUCUAUGGCCAUGACAACCAUGAUCAACUAGUUAAAAUUGCCAAGGUGCUAGGAACUGAUGAGUUAAAUGCAUAUCUGAAGAAAUACCAUUUGGAGCUUGAUCCUCAACUUGAUGCUCUUGUUGGAAGGCACAGCCGCAAACCAUGGUCCAAAUUUGUCAAUGCAGAUAAUCAGCAUCUUGUUUCUCCGGAGGCAAUUGAUUUUCUUGAUAAGUUGCUUCGGUACGAUCAUCAGGAAAGGCUAACAGCAAAAGAAGCUAUGGCCCAUCCUUACUUCUCCCAAGUGAGGGCUGCAGAAAGUAGCAGGAUGCGUACUCAGUAAAUGGUACUUUCGGAGUUCAUUUGUAAAUCAGUCACUCAUUUGAAGAGACUUAUUGUGCUUAAUGUUACAUAAAUUUUUGGAAGUUGAAGGGUUGUCCAGGAAACAUUUACAAUCGUCAUUCUUCGCCUGAGUAACUUAGUUUGUUCGAGAGAGUAUUAAAGUGUUUUUUUUUUUUUUUUUUGGGUACCUUUUUCUUUAUUUUCAAUAUGGUCUGCACGUGAUACUCUAAGGUUCUCUCUUAUUAAAAAUGUGGAAGACAUAUCUGUAAUUAAAAGACAAAUCAUUGAGAAGAUUCAAUAAAAAAGAAUGUAAGAUAA